CGAGGUAGCAGCAGCAGAGAAGAAGAAGGCAGAGGACGCCGAGAAGGCACGUCUGUUGGCAAUCGAAAAGCAGCGCCAGCAGGACAAGGCAGCAGCAAGGGCUGCCGAUGAAGAAAGAAAUCAACGACGCGAGAAGAUAUUCAACGGAGAGUGAGCCUUGCUCACAAUGGCAGCGGACUGGCGGGUCGAGGCUGAAAAUGGUAAGAUGGAACAGAGUGAAAGCAAGAUCGCUCUACUCCUCUCCCAUUUCACGGAUCUCCUGGCAACGUGCAUUGCACAGCAGGAGGACAUCCACCGCCUCGACGACGCGGUUCAGAUGCACAACCAGGCAUUUGAUCAAGUCAACAGACGCCUCCAGCAGCUGGAGCAACGACCCGUCGCCGCCCCUGAUGCCAGCUCCUCCAACACCUUCGAUCGCCUCAAUGCAUUGGAGAUCAACGUCGGAACCCUCAAGGACGACGAGCAGCUACAGCAAACCGCCACACAACAACUGGAGCAGCGAAUCUGUGCAGCCGCCGUCACACCGAGUUUGGCACCGCGUGAGACGACUCCAAAGUUCAAUGGUCAAGAGAUCUUUUGCGAUUCGACGAAGACGGACCCGAUUCCGUGGUUCCGCAAGUUCGAGCUCAAGUUGCAGCUACACCACGUCAGCAAGCACAAGCAUCACGCGUACUUAUACUCCCGGUCGGGGGGCGCGUGCCAAGCAUGCUUGGACAAUCUCUUGUCCAAGUAUGGGGUGGUAGCUGCCGACUUGUACACCAAGAUCAGCGGUUCUAAAGGCGACUUAUUGUCUUCAAGUGGUUCUUCACGGGAUUCGGCGCGCGAGUUCAACAUAGAGGUCUUGGACCCGCUCACGUCAGAGGAUUGGCUUCCUCUCCCGACCACGGGCCGCUUGCCGAGACCGCAAUGCGCAACAUUAUGCGCUCAUCUUCACUCGUAUCUAUCCUUCUAUGCACCACCAACUUCGUCGAUGGACGAUGAAGCUGCGUUGGGGGACAUCCUUGCGUAUGUUACCGAGGCGGCCCAUGAGUUUCGCAAGCAGCGGUACGAUGACAACAACGCACCGGUCUUCUAUAUCCACAUCCAAGUUGGGCAAGCAUCCUGCAACGCUUUGCUGGAUAGCGGCGCGUCUCGCAAUUUCAUGAGCCAAGCCUUUAUGCAAAGGGCUGGCCUUGGCACACAAGUUCGGAGGAAGGCAAACCCGACGACGAUCAAGUUGGCGGACGGCAGGAAGCAGCAACUUAUCGACCGCUACAUCGAGGCCAUACCGGUGUAUUUCGCACCUCAUGCACGCGAACCGGUGACGUUCAACAUUUUGGACACGGACUUCGAUAUUAUUUUGGGAAUGCCUUGGCUUGCAAGUGUGGAUCACACUGUCAACUUCCACCGGCGGACUCUUACCGUUCAGGACGCCUUCGGCGCCGAAGUGUCGUGUACUAUUCCUCUUCCGCACCCUUCGAUUCGGUGCCAAGUGGUGACGGCCAAGUCAUUCCAGGCUACUUGUGCUUACGAGCAGCCCGACGAAAUCGGCCUAUGUUUCCUACGGACCGUCGCGGUAGCCGACUCUUCACCCACGGACUUGUCGUCGGACCCUCGUGUGGUGCGGUUGGUUGACGAGUUCGCCGACAUCUUCGAGUCACCUACCGGUAUGGUGCCGGAUCGGCCGAUCUCUGACGAGAUCAUUUUUGAGGUCAGUGUCGUGCCACCGAAAGGUUGCAUUUAUCGCAUGAGUGAGGAGGAGCUUACGGUCCUCCGCGCGCAACUCGAUGACUUGUUGGACAAGGGUUGGAUCCGCCCUAGUAGCUCCCCAUAUGGAGCGCCAGUUCUCUUCGUACGGAAGAAGAACAAGGAUCUACGAUUGUGCAUCAACUACCGCAAGCUCAACGCGCAAACCGUCAAGAAUGCGGGGCCUCUUCCUCGUAUUGACGAUCUCCUUGAGCGUUUGGGUGGCGCGAAGUACUUUUCUAAGUUGGAUUUGAAGUCGGGAUAUCAUCAGAUUUCGAUCCGGCCGAACGCUCGCUAUAAAUCCGCCUUCAAGACGCGGUAUGGGCAUUUUGAGUGGGUGGUCAUGCCUUUUGGCCUCACCAAUGCCCCGACGACCUUUCAAGCGGCAAUGACCAACGAGUUUCGUUCGAUGUUGGACCGGUUCGUGCUAGUCUACUUAGACGACAUUCUCGCCUAUAGCCAAAUAUUGGAGGAUCAUCUUGAGCACUUUCAACGAGUGUUGGAGAUGCUCCGCCGCGCCAAGUACAAAGCCAACCGCGACAAGUGCGAAUUUGUCCGGCAAGAGCUGGAAUACUUGGGCCAUUUUGUCACAACGGAGGGCAUCAGUCCGUUGUCGGACAAGAUUCAAGCCAUCCAAGAGUGACCGGAGUCGCGGAACGUCACGGAUGUCCGUUCGUUCCUUGGCCUUGCCAGCUACUACCAAUCAAGGGAUACUCGAAGA